GUAUCUUCCCCAGAGUAAAGAAGAUGCAGAAGACGUAUCAAAGUUUCUGCAAUUGAUCAAAUACGUAACUGGCUCUUAUGAUACUGCAGAAGGCUUUCAGGCAUUGGACAAGGCAAUAACUGAGCAGGAAAUAUCAAAGAACAUCAGAGAAGGACUAUCCAGAAGGCUCUUUUACCUUGCACUUCCCCCAUCAGUAUACCCACAAGUUGCUAUUAGUGCGUGGUACUUAUGCUUUGUGUUAUUAGGAGCUGAAAAAGAGGCUGAUCUCGGUGGAUGGACUCGAAUUGUUGUUGAGAAGCCCUUUGGCAAGGAUUUGGCUUCAGCUGAAGAACUGAGCUCCCAGAUAGGAGAAUUAUUUGAUGAACCGCAGAUAUAUCGUAUUGAUCAUUAUUUGGGAAAGGAGCUAGUGCAGAACCUGUUGGUACUUCGUUUUGCAAAUCGUCUCUUCUUGCCUCUCUGGAAUCGUGACAACAUUGAUAAUGUACAG